AUGGCGACGGACGUGUUACACCAGAAUAACCAACUUGAUGAAAGCCCCCUAUGGGAGAUGGAUUCUAUACACAGUCGAACGGGUACCGUGAAUAGUGCUUUUGAAACUGAGGUGGUGGACAUGUGCAACCGAGAAGGGGAAGUGGUUACAAGCCUUGUAGAUGACAUUGCAGCUUCCCAACGGACACUUUACUCAUACAAGUGGAACCUUAAUUAUCAGGAGGCAGCAAUAUUUCUGCAAGAAGGAGAAAAUAAUGACAAGUACGAUACACAUCCGACCAGCUAUGAAGCCCUCCCCACCUACCAUGUUGCUCAUAACAAAUGGUUCUAUAUGCUUGACCUCUCAGCCUCCAUUAUACUUCUCUCAUUGGCUAUCUGUGAAAGACCUGCUGCCAAAGGAAUGGCGCUUCCUGUUGGGAUCCAUAGUUCCUUGGAAUUGUUUUGUCUUUUAAUCCUGACUAUGUCCCUUGGUAUUCGAUUGAAAUGGCUUAAAGGAAAGACAUUUUUCAAACAUAAAAGAACUGCCAUAAAGUCUUUUGUAUUGUUCAUUAUGAUCAUUGAAGCAAUCACAGUGAUUUGUCGCCAACAAAAUCACUUCCGUGUAACGAGAGCCCUUCGGCCUUUAUUCCUCAUGGACUCGUAUUAUUGUAAGGGUGUCAGAAGAUUUACACGACAGAUCCUGCAGUCCUUACGACCCAUUUUUGACAUGUUGUUGCUUUUAUUAUUCUUCAUGUUAAUUUUCUCCAUAUUAGGUUUCUAUUUGUUUUCAGACAUCAAAGGUUACACAUAUUUUCAUACAAUCCAGGACAGUUUUGUCAGUCUUUUUGUCUUAAUGACGACUGCUAAUUACCCUGAUGUUAUGAUGCCAGCAUAUAAUGAAUCUCGCUACUAUGCUGCUUUCUUCAUCAUUUACCUCAGCUUGGAGCUUUUUUUCCUCAUGAAUCUGCUUCUGGCUGUGGUGUACGAUACUUUUUCAUCUCUGGAGAAAGAGAAAGUUCGUAAACUCUUCUUUCACAAAAGAAUUGGGUGUCAGCAUGCAUUCCGAUUACUUGUUAGCAAAUCUAAACCUAUGUAUAUUGAAUUUAAACAUUUUAUGGGGAUGAUGAAAUAUUACAGACCAAAUAAAAGUCGUAAAGAUGUCUACUUGUUGUUCAAAGGUAUGAACAUAUGCAAAACUGGCUUAUUGAACCUGGAAGAAUUUAUUAGCAUCUACCAGUAUUGCAAAUUAAAAUGGAGGAUUAAAAAUGAUGAUAGUAUUUGGUCUUCAGAUUUCAGGCCACCAUUCAAUAUUUUCUUUAGAGGCUUGUAUAAAUUGGUGACUCACAAAUGUUUUGAAUAUUACAUUUAUCUUACCAUUGCUGCAAACUUUGUUUGGAUUCUCAUAGAUACUAUACAUCUUUCUGUUCAAAAUAUGGAUGUGAAAAAAUAUAAUUUUCCGGCCACAGGAGCUACCAUUUUCUUUGUAUACAUGUAUGUGAUGGAAGCUUGCCUCAAGAUUCUUGGCAAAGGACCAAAGGAAUAUUUUACCACUGGAUGGGAUUUAUUUGACUUUAUAGUAACAUUGGUGAGCAUUACUGGUGUACUUGGCGAGCUGGUUAAUGAUAGCUUCUACUACAUCAUGGUGCUGCGACCUUUCCGUCUUCUCAGGUUGUUUAAAAUCAAGCGAAGGUACCGAGAUGUACUGGGAACAUUUUUUGUUAUCUUUUCACGGCUUGUAAGCAUUUCAAUCACGAUCAUGAUGCUAUAUUAUUGUUUUGCCAUCAUUGGAAUGGAAAUGUUUGGCCAUGUGAACCUCACUAAUUGUUGCAAAAACUCCAGUGUUGAAGAUUUCUAUCGGUCAGACAAUAGCACCAAUCUGCAGGGACUUUACUACUUGAACAACUUCCAUAAUAUAUUUAACAGUGGCGUGACCUUAUUUGAGUUGACUGUUGUUAAUAAUUGGUUUAUAAUAAUGGAAGGUUAUGCUGUGCAUGUGAGUGAAUGGGUCCGAGCCUUUUUCAUGAUGUUUUACAUUGUAUCUAUGGUUGUGAUGAACAUUGUCGUGGCUUUUGUGCUUGAUGCCUUCAUUUUCCGUAUUCAAUACCGAAGAGCGAUGAAGUUGGACAAUAUUGAUGAUGAUGGAAUGCAACAGAUUGAUGUAGGCUUGACUGAAGAUGAAAUCUUUAUGUGUGAACACAAUGAUGCACCACUUUUGGGACGUUAUAUUCCUGAAUCAGCUAAUUCUCAGAAUUUCCGGGUUGUAUACAGAGGAGAACGUCGAAAGAACAGAGAGGAUUUCAGUUUACAAAUGUAUAAAGAUGAAGUGAAGGUAAGUACAUCUAUAAAUAAAAGUUAUAGGUUUCAAGAAUUUCUUUUCUUCUUUCUUUCUCUCUUUUUCUCUUCUCUCUCUUUUCUUCUUUCUCUUUUCUCUUCUUUCUCUUUUCUUUUCUUCUUUCUCUUUUCUCUUCUUUCUCUUUUCUCUUCUUUCUCUUUUCUCUUCUUUCUCUUUUCUCUUCUCUCUCUUUUCUCUUCUCUCUCUUUUCUCUUCUCUCUCUUUUUCUCUUUUUCUUCUCUUUCUCUUUUUCUCUUCUUUGUCUUUUUCUUUUUGUCUUUUUCUCUUCUUUUCUUCUCUUCUUUCUCUUUUCUCUUCUUUUUUCUCUUCUUUUCUUCUCUUUCUCUUUUUCUCUUCUUUCUCUUCUUUUCUUCUUUCUCUAUUCUCUUCUUUUCUUCUUUCUCUAUUCUCUUCUUUUCUUUUUUCUCUUUUUCUCUUUUCUUUCUCUUUUUCUUUUUCUUUCUCUUUUUCUCUUUUCUUCUCUUUCUCCUUUUCUCUUUGUCUUUUUCUUCUCUUUGUCUUUUUCUCUUCUUUUCUUCUCUUCUUUCUCUUCUCUUCUUUCUCUUUUUCUCUCCUUUCUCUUUUCUUCUCUUCUUUCUCUUUUUUUCUUUUCUCUUUCUCUCUUCUUUGUCUUUUUCUUCUCUGUGUCUUUUUCUCUUGUUUUCUUCUCUUCUUCCUCUUUUUCUCUUCUUUCUCUUUUUCUCUUCUUUCUCUUUUUCUCUUCUUUCUCUUUUUCUUCUCCUUUCUUUUUCUCUUUUCCCCUCCCUUUUCUUUUUCUUUCUCCGCUAUCCUCUUACUUUUUUUUUUAAUGGUUAUAAAUGA